CACACUCAGCAGUAGUGUGAUAGAGGCUCGAGUGAACGGGCCGCGCAUCUCGUUGCCGCGAGCAGUUGUCGUCAUGUUGUUUGAACAGUAGUUACUAGUUGGCCUGAAGAUGAUGACCGACGGCCAGAUGGUGAUGACAGUGUUGCCUACGUUCGCCGGAUUGUCCUACGAGCAGCACUACGAUCCGCGAGGCUCGUACCUGCGCACCUUUCACCACCAGCGGAGCCAGCUCAGGUACCAGCCGUACUUGGUGAGCCACCGCGGCAUCCCCCAGACCACCCAUGUGCCGGCGUUCUCCUCGGUCAACGUCGACCCUCGGCAGACGCUGCUCGACCUGAGCAGCGGGCCGCCCCUGCAGCGGACCGAGGCGAUGGCGCCGCGGCCCGAGUCGCCGCCUGAGCUGGAGCAGACGAGCACGCACGUCUCCCGACUCUACCCUGAGAUCUUGGCCAUCAUCUUCAGCUACCUCAGCGUCAGGGACAAGGGUCGGGCAGCGCAGGUAUGCACGGCGUGGCGCGACGCGGCCAACCACAAGUCGGUGUGGCGGGGCGUCGAGGCCAAGCUGCACCUGCGGAAGCCCUUCCAGGGACUGUUCCACAGUCUGGGCAUCAGGGGCAUCAAGAGGUUCCAGGUGCUGUCGAUGAAGAGGUCGCUCAGGGAGCUCGUCUUCCAGGUUCCCAACGUGGAGAGUCUGAAUCUGAGCGGAAACUACAGCGUCACCGACAUCGGCCUGUCGCACGCCUUCCAUGACGCGCUGCCCUCCCUGACGCAGCUCGACCUUUCCUUGUGCAAGCAGGUCACCGACUCGAGCUUGGGACGAAUCGCGGAGAACAUGCGCAACCUGGAGGUGCUGGAACUGGGCGGGUGCUCGCACAUCACCAACACCGGCCUGCUGCUGAUCGCGUGGGGCCUGUCAAGACUGAAGCGUCUCAACCUGAGAUCCUGCUGGCAAGUGUCGGACGGUGGAAUCUCGCACCUCUGCGGCAAGGGUCUGGCCGACGACUCUGACGAAGACGAUUACUCGUCGAGGGCCGCGGCGUCGACGUACAACAUCACUCAGCAUUCUCCUCAACCGGACAUGCUGGGCACGCUUAAACUCGAGUACCUCGGUCUGCAGGACUGUCAAAGGUUGACCGACGAGUCGCUGAGGUACAUCUCGUGCGGCAUGACCAACCUCAAGUCGAUCAACCUGAGUUUCUGCGUGUCCAUCACCGACAGCGGCCUCAAAUACCUGGCCAAGAUGCCGACUCUCAGGGAGCUGAACAUGAGGGCGUGCGACAACGUCACCGACACUGGAAUAAUCUACCUGGCGGAGUUCGGCUCGUCCCUGACUUCGCUGGACGUGUCUUUUUGUGACAAGAUCGGCGACGUCGCGCUCAACCACCUUUCGCAGGGCAUGACCCUGUUGAGGACCUUGUGCCUGAGUGCGUGCCGCAUUUCGGACGAGGGUCUCUGCCAGAUCGCGAGCAGUCUUACUGAAUUAGAGGUGUUGCACAUCGGACAGUGCAACAGAGUGACAGACGUGGGUGUCAAUAAGUUGGCGGACAGUUUGCAGAAGUUGCGUGCGAUCGAUCUGUACGGCUGCACACACGUUUCUCAUGCUGCCCUCGACAGGCUGCACAGCCUGCCCAGACUCAAAGUGCUCAAUUUGGGUCUAUUCCACGUUAGAUGAGAUUAAGUGACAUUUUCCACGUACGGUUCAAUCAGUUCCUUUAGUUGAAAUUCGACUGCUGGGCUUGCUGUUAUAAUUAUUCAUUAAUUAUUUCGGCUUUGGAUCUGGGUCGUUCAAAAUACGGAGUUCGUGGAAUUGCUCAUAUCAUGUUGUGAUUUUCCAUCGCCCCCGCCCCCUGCUCCCGCCCCAAUCGCUGCUUUUCUUGAACGGAAUGGAGCUAUUUUUCUCGUGGAGGAAAACCAAAAGUUGAGCGCAGUAACCAUGGUGGUGCUUGUUCUGUAAAAUUAAGGGGAACUAUUGCCUGUGAUAACGAAUUAAAAUUUUUUAUGAACACGCGAUCGAUUUGUCAACAACCCAAUGCUGGAUUUGACUGAAUUUUCAUCUAAAAAGAUUCACCAUGGUUACACUUAAUAAGGCUAAGCUUAUUUGCCGAUUGAUUAAUUGAUUGGCCGCCCAAUUUAAAAAAAAUUAUUUAUGAAUCAACUCAUCCGCACGGACUUGAUUGCUUUACAGAUCGUCGUCAUUCUCUAAUGAUCUCCGAUUCUCGAUUUCAAAUAAUGCUGCUGCAAUAUUUCGUGUGAAUAGGAAAUGUUUCAUUUGUCAAAUACUUUGUGCCAUAAAGUUCGUAGACUCAAGGUCGAUUUUGUGUUCGUAUGAUUACAAGCUUAUGUACAUUAAUUUUUUAAUCAGCAAUUUUCGAAUCAAAGCGAAUAACCAAAACCACCCAAAACAAUAAAACAAUACGUAAUUUUGUAAAAGGUAUUUAAGAACAUGGCCUACGGAAAAACAGCCAAUGUCUCAAGCUACGAGCUGUAUCUAGGAUGAAAAAAUGAAUCGUUAAUGUGCAUUUAUUAAUUAAACGAAACGGGAGUCCAAUCACUGAUGGUUGAUAUGAAUUGUGAUUAUAAAAAGUGUGUAUACUGGAAUGCGAGGAAUGCGUUUCUAAUGUUGUUAUUAUUGUGACAUGUGCGAGGAUUAAAGGUGCUUUCUUUUCUUUUCAUGACAGUUUUAGAUAUGACAAAUUUUGUUACAGAUUCCAUCGAUGCAACUGUUAUUUACACAAAUUGUUUUACAAGCGAUCAUUGUGAAAAAAAUAAGUGUUGAUUAUCAAUCAGCCCAACUUUUGUCUUAAAGACGUUGUGUUAUCUACAUGAAUGAAUGUAAUUAAAUAUGAAGUGUAAAUAACUAAAGAGGAAAACUACAUAAAAAUAAUAUUAUAUCUCAAAA